AUGGAUGUGAAGUUCAAGUCUCUUUCUGAAGGUGAACAUGAAGAAGAAGAAAAAGAAAACAUACACUUUCUGAAAUCUCUUCAGGAGUUAAGAGAAUUGAGGUCUCAGCUUCACUAUGCUGCUGAUUACUGUGAAACAACAUUCUUGAAAAGUGAAAAGAAAAAAGAUGUGAUGGAAAACACAAAAGAGUAUAUAUGUAGAGCUAUGGUGACUGUGGUUGAUCAUCUUGGAAAUGUUUCUUCCAAUCUUGAAGGACUUAUUUCUCACACUAAUUCAUUUUCUGAUGCUCAGAUAAAAAUUCAAUGCCUCAAACAAAGACUUUUCUCGUGCGAACAAUAUGCGGAUAAACUUUCCAUCUCAAAUAUGCAAUGGAAGGAGAAAUUUCCAAGAUUCCAUACAAGAUAUCUAUCACCAUCUCCUAUCCUUGAAAAAACACAAGAGAAUUUGAAGCCAGCCAUUGCUACAAAUAACAAGCACAACAAUUUGGCUUUUGUGAUGCCUGUUCGCGACGGUUUGAAAGUGUUGGCAAAAGUUUCAAAUCCUAAAUUUCAUUUUCAAGCUACUCCAAAGGUCAGACCGCGUCAUAGAAGAUCGGUGCACGGAAGCGAUAUUUUAUGGCUCAUUAGGCGUACAAAACAUACACAUUGA